UAUCAAAACGUAAAUGAUAAAAAAAAAAAAUGUAUUUUUUUUAUUCUGAUUAGGUACCUAUUUUACUUGAUAGCAGUUGUUCUCAUCGACUUGUGAAUUGUGAUCUAAAUCAGUACAUCCAUUCAUCCAUGAUUUCGAGAAAAGUGCUUGAUGCCCACAAAUAUAUUAAAUAUUAAUAUAUGUUUCAGACGUUUCAGUACUUUAGUAAGACAGUCAGUAACAUUAUUUCAGUUGUAUGCAUGUAUUUUGUAUUUUGAUCUAAAAGCAGAAAACACGAGUGCCUUUUCAAAUUUAUCUCAACAUAUCUAUCGAAUUCAGAAAGAUGUGUAAUCGAUCUAUAACUGUAGAUCAAAUUGUCAAAGAUCGGAUCAAUAUACGACUAAUUGAAUCCAAGUGGGUCGAAAAAGUAGAAAAAUUAGUGUACGCUUCUCUUCAAAAACGACAUGAAGAUGGUCAAGAUUUAACUAAUGUUAAGUUUGAAGAAUUAUACAAAGAAGUUGGUGCACGUGCUCGUGAUGAGUUACCAGUUGAAAUGGAAGUUGAGUUACAUGAGAAAGUGGAAAACUUUUUGUCAUCAAACAUUGAUGGGAGUGAAAAUCCUUAUAAUCUGAAUAUAUCAGAAUCUAGUUCUCCCACUGUAAUAAAUGCUGAUGUCCCCGCUGAUGUCCCUGCUGAUGUCCCUGUUGAUGUCCCUGUUGAUGUCCCUGUUGAUGUACCUGCUGAUGUUCCUGCUGAUGUUCCAGCUGAUGUUCCUUCUGAUGCUUCCUCUGAUGUAUUGGCUGAUAUUUUUGAUAGUAGUUUAGAUGUUACUAAUGAACAAUUAAAACCUAAAUAACAUCUUGUGAAUCAUAUUUCUAAAAUUUUGAAAAAUAAUUAAAUUUCUUACUCAAAAAUGACUCAUUUCUGAUGUAUCUAAAAGUAAUUUAAUAAACUUGAUAUUUGAAUUGGUAUCUAUUUUCUUUUAUAAU